CUUCUCAUCAACAGCAGUCGCCAUUUUACUUGAACCGAUACUCGUGUGGUGCGGAACCUUCGCGUUCGCUUCCCUCGCGAAUCUAAAUUGCUCGCGCUGGCCGGUCUGGACCCGAUUAAUUUGAUCGAGUUCGGCAAGUCGCGUUCAGUUUCUCUCGAAUGUACGGGGAAAGCCGCCUAAUCUCUCGGUGAUUUCGCGCGCCCGUCGCGCAGUGCCAAGGCGAGAGAAGAAGACAGAGGAAGGAAGAUGGUGAUGGUGCUAGCGGGUCUCGAUGCGAGGUAGCGCCGUGUGCGCAGCCAGUCUGCCACUUCUCGAAGUUUUGACGACCAGUGUCCAGCCAAGUGUAACACGAAAUUUUCAACAUUUUUCUCCUCGAUUGCGUGGUUCUGGAGUUGUGCGAUUUCUGAAACAGUGUGCGCGAAUCUGCAAAAGGGGUUUUAACCCCGACGAUGCCCAAUGGUUGACCGUCUUGUAAAGCGUGUUCGGGGACGCUCCAUGCGCCGCGGCUCUCGUUGCUGUUAUUAUUACGCCCGCGACCAUGCGAGAAAAUCAGUGAAUUUCCGUCACCCCGUCGAGGUAGUCUUCGAAGAGGCAGUGUUGUUCUAGUACGUGCGUGCGUGCCUGCGUGUGCGUGCGUGCGUGUUCGCCGAUCUGCUGGUGCGGAGAGUAAACAGCCCUGAGAAGAGCUAACCCGCGGAGACAUGGCCGACCACCUAGUGGACGGCCCGCCGAACAAGCGGCCCAAGCUCGCGGAUCCUUUUCAAGGGCCCUCGGAUUCCUCAGUGGGUAUGGCGCCUCUAAUGAUGCACCAUGCUUAUACAAACUACGGGGGAGGUGGCAGUGGUAACAUACAACAAAUGCAGGGCCUGCCACAACAGCUUCAUCUGCAACAGCAUCAGCUGCAGCAACAUUGGAACAACCAUACUACGCAGAAAAGAAAUUACAUGACAAACACUGACAUGUUUGAUCUUGAAAAUGAACUUCCUGAAGAUCUUCUAUCGUCUGGUUCCUGGGGUUCUGCUACUGAAAGUGCAAAACCACCAGCAACAGGCCCUGGCCCUGGACAACAGAACGGAGCACUCGACAAUGAACUUCGACAACACGUACAGCAACAGCAAUUGUCACAUCAUCUGAUUCAACAACAGGGAAACAAGAACAUGGUGUCAAAUUCGUUGGUGAUGGCUGCUGGAAGUUUGGGUAGUAAAAGUCCAAACAUGCAGUCACCUCCCAAUGUUUCGGUCUCCAAGGGGGUGGUUGACCCUCAAAUGGUAGUAAGUCUAGGGAACUUACCAAGCAGCAUAGCGAGUUCCCUUGCGAACAACCAAAUAUCCAUCGCGAAUUCGAUGGGAGGGCUUCAAUCGUCGAUGAGUAUGUCUGGAAGUAAUCCUACAAUGUCAAUGCCAGGUGGCAUGAACUCCGGCCUAGUCAUGACGAGCAGUGCAACAGGGAACAAUAAUAUGGGUGGCAUGGCAGGCGGAGGUUUAAUCGUUGCAAACAGCUUAAAUAAACAACCCUUGAAUACGGUAACAAUGAUGAGUUCCAAUGCCCAAGGAAUUCAUCAUCCUGGUGGGCCUCACGGAGUUGCCCAAAUGCAGAAUGGACCAGCAAUGAUGAACGCAAGAGCCGUGGCAAUGCAGCAGCAGCAGCAGCAACAACAGCAAGCGCAUAUGGUAGGGGCGGCGAGAGGUCAGAGUCCUCAUCAGCAAGUUCAUCAAGUUAAUAUCGUCGGGCCCGGCCAAGGUCCAAGAAUGCAAGGACCACCCAACAUGGCAAAUAUGGCUAAUAUGGGACAGAUGGGUGCUUCGAGUCCUUAUGGAUAUGGAUCUCCAGGAAAUGGGCCGGGUCCCAAUGUGAAUGUGGGCGCUGCCAAUCCAGUGGGUGUUGUAGCACCUCAGCAAAGGGGUGUAGGAACCAAUAUGACUGCCAUGCAAGUUGGGAGAUUUGGUGGGCCGGGGGGACCCAUUGGAUCUGCAAAUGUUGUCGGCGGUCAAGAGGGCGGAAUGGCUCAGCAAGCUCAACCACCAGCUCCAAGUCCGGCACAACCUCAAUCAGGAGCUCCGAGCGGAGGACAACCAGGCCCACAACAGGCUACUCAAGUACAAAUGCAAGGUGGACAGCCUGCAACCGCCCAGUCAACGGCCGAUCCAGAAAAACGGAAGUUAAUUCAGCAGCAGCUAGUUCUCCUCCUGCAUGCUCACAAGUGUCAGCGUCGAGAGAGUCAAGCCAACGGUGAGUCGUGGCACUGUUCACUGCCACACUGCAAGAUGAUGAAGAGUGUCUUGAACCAUAUGACUACCUGCCAAGCAGGCAAGAGUUGCGCGAUGCCACACUGCAGUUCCUCCCGACAGAUCAUCAGCCAUUGGAAGCACUGCACACGAAGUGACUGUCCUGUGUGUUUGCCUCUGAAACAAGCCGACAAAAAUCGACACGCCAAUUCCGUUGCUGCAGCGGUGCCUCAGCCAACAGCACAACCUAAUCCGAGUCCAUCGGAUAUGAGAAGAGCGUACGAUGCACUGGGUAUUCAGUGUCCAACGACCACUCCCAAUUUACUGUCGGGACAAGGCGUCGGUAGAGGUGUGCGAAUGGCAGGACCUGCCAUGCAAGCACCUCCUGGCAGCAUGACAAGUGUCAGACUGACCCAACCUCAACCUCAAGGUGGACCCGGACAACCUGGAAUAGGAACUGGACAGCAGCAAGUUGUGGCUCCUAAUGUAUCACUACCACUCAGCAAUGAUCCAAACGUAGGUGCUGGGGCUGCAAGUCAAUCUGCUGCAGCAAGUGGUCCAACAUCAGCCGCGGCAGCUGCUGCUGCAAAUAUCCAGCAGACUGUUAACAUGCAACAGUUGUUUGGAUUGAACGAGUCUGGACAACCAGGAAUUUUGUCUGACAACAGGCUUGGCAAUGUUCAACUACCGCCUGGUCUUCAAGCUGGUCAAGUAACAGCAACGCCUGUGCAAGGGACGAAGGAGUGGCAUCAGUCCGUGACGCCAGAUCUCAGGAACCAUCUUGUUCACAAGUUGGUCCAAGCAAUAUUCCCGACUCCCGAUCCACAGGCAAUGCUAGACAAGAGGAUGCACAAUUUGGUCGCCUAUGCAAGGAAGGUGGAAGGUGACAUGUAUGAGAUGGCCAACUCGCGAUCAGAGUACUAUCACCUUCUUGCUGAGAAGAUUUAUAAGAUUCAGAAGGAACUUGAGGAGAAACGGAUGAAGCGCAAAGAGCAGCAGCAGCAGCUUCAACAGCAACAGCAGCAGCAACAACCACAGCAACCUGGAGGCAGUGGUGCUGGUUUGAGACCCUGUGCGCCACCUGGUGUGCAGCCAGGUGUUCAGCAACCUCGACCAGUUGGAACGGUUCCUCCGAAUCUUAGAAGUCAUUCACCUAGUAUGGGACAGUUGGGAGGCCUUUCUGGGAUUGGAAUGCAGCAUCCUCGUAUGCAGUUUCCACAACAACAACAGCAACAACAGCAGCAGCAGCAGCAGGCCCAGCAAAUCCAACAACAUCAGCAACAGCAAGCUCAGCAGCAGCAGCAACAAGGAAUGCAUGUUGGGCCAUCGGGACCCAGUCCGAAUGGUCAGUCGGCUUCAAAUCCCAACAUGGUGUCUAAUCCCGGUUUAAGUCCCUUUGGCCAAUCUCAAAUGUCGCAGGCGAAUCUAACAACAACGACCUCGUCGGUGACAACUAGUCAAUUUCCGACGACUAAUGGAACAUCCGGUUUACCCAAUAAUUCUCCUGUUCAAAGCCAACAGCAGCAGUUUUCUGAUAUCAUGAAGGCCAGACUAGCUCAAGCACAAGCUCAAGCGCAACAUCAGCAAAUUCAACAGCAACAACAACAUCAGCAACAACAACAGCAACCACAACAGCAACAGCAGCAGCAACAACAGCAAUCCCAACAGUCUAAUACCGCUAACCAAAACGCCAGUACACCCUUGCCUCAGGCUCCAUCGCCCUUCAGUGGUAUGCAGCAACCAAACAGCCAGCAAAGUCAACAGUUUCAGAAUAGUCUCUCAAUGUCUGCAUCUACGCCCGGUGAUAGCGGUAUUGUAGCCACAACUCCACAGGCUAUAGUACCAUCUGCAGGUGGUCCAAGUCCCGGACCCGCCCCAAUGACGAAUGGACCUCAGUCCACGAAUUCCACACCCAACACGCCUCUAGUGCCCUCCUUAAUGACACCUAAUGUGUCUUCUGCUAACAAAACGCCGCCUCAUCCAGGAACUACCCCAUCUCCUGUGGGUCUUGCCAGCAUGGGUAAAGGAAUGACAUCGCAGGAAAGGGCUGCGCAAAAUGCGCCCAGAAGUUCCUCCAUGUCGUCUCAGAUGGCAGCCAUCACGGCUGCCCUCGAUCGUGAUAAUUCGCCUAGUCCACCCACGAACAACAACAAGGGAAAGCUUGAUUCUGUGAAGGAAGAGGGCAUGAAGAUGGAGAUCAAGCAGGAGGACGGAUCCGAGAAUCAUCGAGGAGGAGACGGUGGUAAGGGUAACAAUAGCGAUUUGUCGAUCAAAACGGAAAUCAAGACCGAACCGAUGGAUGAGGCUGGUGAUGAUUCGACGGUGAGAGAGGAGUCAUCGGGCAUUAAGGAUGAACCUAGUGCACCGAUGUCGAGUGGAGACUCGUCUGCUACGGAUAUCAAACCAAUUGUUCCGGAACCGAUUCAGUCAACGGGACAAUCCAGUGACAAGAAGAAGUUGUGCCUCUUUAAGCCCGAUGAAUUGAGACAGGCACUUAUGCCCACCUUGGAGAAACUGUAUCGUCAGGAUCCUGAAUCUUUACCGUUUAGGCAACCAGUUGAUCCCCAAGCGCUAGGGAUUCCGGAUUAUUUCGAUAUUGUGAAGAAACCAAUGGAUCUGUCGACGAUCAAGAGGAAAUUGGACACGGGACAGUACAGCGAUCCCUGGGAGUAUGUGGAUGACGUUUGGAUGAUGUUUGACAAUGCUUGGCUCUACAACCGAAAAACAUCACGCGUGUACAGAUACUGUACUAAGUUGUCGGAGGUUUUCGAGCAAGAAAUAGAUCCUGUCAUGCAAGCGUUGGGAUACUGUUGUGGUAGAAAGUACACUUUCAAUCCACAGGUUCUCUGUUGCUACGGAAAGCAACUUUGCACAAUUCCAAGAGAUGCCAAAUACUACUCAUAUCAGAACAGUGGUCUAAAGGCACUUGGUCUUCUUACCGACAGAUAUACCUUCUGUCAGAAAUGUUUCAACGACAUUCCCGGUGAUACCGUGACGCUUGGAGAUGAUCCCACGCAACCGCAGACUGCCAUCAAGAAAGAACAGUUCCAGGAGAUGAAAAACGACCAUUUGGAGUCGGAACCAUUCGUUUACUGUACGGACUGUGGGAGAAAAGUGCAUCAGAUCUGUGUUCUGCACAUGGAGAGUAUUUGGCCCCUAGGAUAUACCUGUGAUAACUGUCUGAAAAAGAAAGCCACGAAACGCAAAGAUAAUAAAUUCAAUGCUAAACGGCUGCCAGUAACAAAAUUAGGGACUUAUAUUGAGACGCGCGUCAACAACUUCCUUAAAAAGAAAGAAGCAGGAGCAGGCGAGGUGGCAAUCAGAGUUGUGGCUUCCAGUGAUAAAGUAGUUGAAGUUAAGCCAGGAAUGAGAAGUCGAUUUGUGGAAAACGGCGAUAUGCCGGGCGAAUUCCCAUAUCGAGCGAAAGCCCUCUUUGCCUUCGAGGAAGUUGAUGGAACCGACGUCUGUUUCUUUGGUAUGCAUGUCCAAGAAUACGGAAGUGAGUGCACGCCACCGAAUACGAGGCGAGUCUACAUUGCAUAUCUCGACUCUGUGCAUUUCUUCAGGCCUAGGCAGUUCAGAACAGCAGUCUACCACGAAAUCCUUCUUGGUUAUUUGGACUAUGCGAAGCAGCUAGGGUAUACCAUGGCUCAUAUUUGGGCGUGCCCACCUUCGGAAGGAGAUGACUAUAUAUUCCAUUGUCAUCCUCAGGAGCAAAAAAUUCCUAAGCCUAAACGGUUGCAAGAGUGGUACAAGAAAAUGCUAGAUAAGGGUUUUAACGAAAGAAUAGUCCUGGAUUACAAGGAUAUUCUGAAGCAAGCAAUGGAAGAUAAACUCUCGUCUGCUGCGGACUUGCCCUACUUCGAAGGUGACUUUUGGCCUAACGUUUUGGAAGAAAGUAUAAAGGAGUUGGAUCAAGAGGAAGAGGAGAAGCGGAAACAAGCAGAGGCUGCGGAAGCGGCUGCGGCAGCUGCAAACGCUAUCUUCUCGCUGUCUGAAGAUUCAGAGACUGGUCCAGACGGAAAGAAAAAGGGUCAGAAAAAGGCGAAGAAGUCGAACAAGUCCAAAGCGAAUCAACGGAAAAAUAGCAAAAAAUCAAACACUCCCCAAACUGGAAAUGAUCUUUCGGCUAAGAUCUUUGCCACGAUGGAAAAACAUAAGGAAGUUUUCUUCGUGAUUAGGUUACACAGUGCACAGAGCGCAGCUAGUUUAUCGCCCAUCCAAGACCCAGACCCCGUUUUAAACUGCGAUUUGAUGGACGGACGUGACGCCUUCCUGACAAUGGCGAGGGAAAGACAUUAUGAAUUCUCCUCUUUGAGGAGAGCAAAGUUCAGUUCCAUGUCUAUGUUGUACGAGUUGCACAAUCAAGGCCAGGACAAAUUUGUGUAUACCUGUAAUAAUUGCAAGAGCCACGUGGAAACGAGAUACCACUGUACUGUGUGUGAUGACUUUGACUUGUGUAUAAGUUGUAAAGAGAAGGAUGGUCAUCCUCAUCACAUGGAGAAGCUUGGACUCGAUCUGGACGAUGGUUCUUCGCCCGCAGAUGCGAAACAGGCCAAUCCUCAGGAAGCGCGGAAACUUUCGAUACAGAGGUGUAUUCAAUCAUUGAUACACGCGUGUCAAUGCAGAGAUGCGAACUGUCGACUGCCAAGCUGCCAGAAGAUGAAGAGAGUCGUGACGCACACCAAGGUUUGCAAAAGAAAGACCAACGGAUUCUGUCCUAUCUGCAAACAACUGGUGGCCUUGUGCUGCUAUCAUGCGAAGCACUGCCAAGAAGCCAAAUGUCUGGUACCCUUCUGUUCCAAUAUUAAGCACAAGUUGAAGCAACAACAACUUCAAGCACGACUUCAACAAGCUCAAUUGCUCAGGAGGAGAAUGGCUGUGAUGAAUACUAGACCGACAGGCCCAGUUGGAGCAAUACAAAGUGCACAGCAGAGUUCGAAUGCCAGUAUGAGUGCCGGAGUCGCGAUGAAACCUGGCAUGAGUCCCACGAAUUUGCCAUCACCCCAUCAAUCUGGAAUCGGUUUGAAGCCUGGCACGCAAACUCCACCUGCACACGUUCUCCAAGUCGUUAAGCAGGUACAGGAGGAAGCGGCAAGGCAGCAAGCUCCUCAUGUGGGCUACGGAAAAGUCACUCCUGGAGGAGGAGUUGGUGUCGGAGUUGGUGUCGGCGGCCAGGGUGGUAGUGUAAUGCCUCCACCUCCAAUGCAGAGACAAAUGCCGGUACCUAUGGCUAAUCCCGGAAGUACGCAUCUCAUUUCCAUGGACCAGUGGACACCAAGAUUAAUGCUUCAAGGGGAAGGAAUGGGAAUUGGUGGUCAGAUGCCUCGGCAACCUGGAGUAAUGGGUGGACCUGUUGGUCAAGUUAGUCAGGUUGGACCAGGAGGCACGUCCUCGCUCCAUAACCGAGCAUAUCAGCAGCUUAUGGCCACCCUUAAAAGUCCGAAUACUCCUGAGCAACAAAACCAAAUACUCCAUAUUCUCAAGAGUAAUCCGUCUCUCAUGGCAGCAUUCAUCAAGCAACGGCAGCAGCAAUCUGGACAACAUGGGGGAGGGGUUGGUCCACUGGGUUCUAGUCAGCCGCAACAGCAACAACAGGGCCUGCAACAUAUGCUGUCUCAACAACAACAGCAGCAACAGCACCAUCAGCAGCAGCAACAACAACAGCAGCAACAACAGCAGCAGCAACAGGGCCGAGCGCAAAUGAUGAUUGGCCAGCAGCAGCCUACCCAAGGACCCAGUGUGCAACAGCAGCAACAACAGCAAUGGUACAAGCAGCAGCAGCACAUGUUAGUUUUGCAGAGACAGCAGCAAAUGCAACAGCAGCAACAACAGCAACAACAGCAGCAGCAGCAACAACCUUUCACGCAACCACCAGCACCACCUUAUGGCCUGCAAAGGCCAAUCAGGCCGCCUUCAAUGAACUACAAUGCUUUCAAUGAGCAAGGAUACGGUCAACCGGGUUUGAAACCUACUCCUCCUCCUGUGCCCUCUCCGCAAGGCGUGAUGGGACCGCCAGGAAUCUCUGUGCAGCAGCAGUUGAUGCAGUCGGUUCGAUCUCCGCCGCCAAUUCGUUCGCCACAGCCGAAUCCCUCGCCGCGACCAGUACCGUCGCCGCGAAAUCAGCCAGUUCCAUCUCCGCGUUCUGGCCCCGUACCCUCGCCACACCACCAUCAACCUCAUGGAACGCCGACCCAUUCGCCUGCCCACGACUUGGGUGGACCUAGUGAAAUGAUGCUGCCCUCCGGUCAUCCUUCCAGUAUGCCACACCAUUCGUCGCCAGCACCUCCCCCCACAAGUGGCACGGACUCAGGUGAAAUGCCGCAAAUGACGCCACAAGACCAAUUAACAAAGUUCGUAGAAAGGUUGUAGUGACUGUUAGUAUCAUGAGUUUGAUUUGAUGUAAGCCGGAGUGGCGAAUGCCAUUCAAAAUACCGUUGGAAAAGACGGUCGCUGCUCACGUUCGAGGUGCCUGCGUUAUUAAUAGCGCAAACGAGAAUUAUUCUCGAGACUUCUCCUCCUAUCCUAGAUUAAGGGAGAAGGGUAUUUCCAAUGGAGCGCGGUUAUUGUAGAUUUGUAUAUCAUUGAAGGAAUCAGGGAUGAAAUCCAGAUUGCAGUGGUGUUCUCCUGUGUGUGUGUGUGUGUGUGUGUGCGCGCGCACGCGCGCGCGAAUGACCGCCAGAAAGAAAGAAAUGGGUGCGCGUUAAUUGUCCGAGCCAAGGUGUGUUGGAAUGAACCAAAAUAGAAAUCGUGGAAGCGAGCAUGGACUCUACUCUGCGUUAUCGUGUUGACGACGAACUCAAUAGUUCUCUCCUCCUCCCCCCUCAUCCCUCACUAAAAAAAAAAAAAACUUUCCCCAUCCCUCCUGCCCCCCGUUCCGGUUGCUGUGUGGCCCGAUUAAUCCGGGUGAAACUCGAAAAGACUAAGAUUAAGAGGAGACCGAAAGACUAUUUCUCCCCCCGCCCGCCCGCCCGCCCUUCCUUGCUGCUGCUGCCCGCGCAGGCUAAGUGAAAUCGUACAAAUGUGUUGUGUAUACUUAACGUUAAUUAAUAUUAAUAGUUCAAAUACUACUGUAGCGAAUAUGCAGUUAUUACCAUUAUGAUUAUGAACGAGACAAAAAAAAAGCAAAGAUAUAACAAAGAUGCGUGUAUGAGAGGAAUGAUACCUUGUAUUUAAGUAAGGUAAAAAAGGAUACAAGAAGAAUUUAGAGCCGAGUUAAGCGACGUUAAUCUAAGUUAAUCAAGUUGUUACAAAGCCGGGGCUGUACUUAGCUCUGUGAAAUUUUGAAGAAGGCCGAGAGAGAGAGAGAGAGAGAGAGCGUGAGAGUGAGCUCUGGGGGAGGGGGGGGGGAGUGGACUGGGAGAACUCGAUAUCUCCGAUCGAAACAAGUGGAAACGAACGAUGAUGUAACCAAAAAAUAUGAAAUUAUUUCAACAGGCUGCUGUAAUCGCUAGCGAGGGAUGCUUUAUAAAUCGUGUUAAUUUUGAAGAGUUUUUUUUUAAUCCGAAAGGUCCCGUGUGUACAGUCGAAUCAAUACGUACUACGUAAACGUAGCCGAACGGGUCCUUUUCGCAACGCUCUGUACAUACUAUAUUAUUAUUAUUAUUAUUAUUAUUAUUAUUAUUAUUAUUACACGUAAUGAUAAUGAUAAUUGCUAUUAUUAUUAUUAUUAUUAUUAUUAAUUUACUUGUCGAUUAUGAAUUCAUUAUGACAGAAUCGAGAGAAUAUACUGUAAUAUUUGAAAAUCGUGAAGGGGACCGACAGUUACACCAAGCUACUUCACUAUGCCAGUGCUGUAUCAUAGUAAUUUCUAAGUGUAAUAUUCGCCUCCGCUUUUUCUUAAUGAUCUAUUUAAAAUGAUUUUAAGUGUAAAGUGCGCGAGAUUGUCUCGAAAUUUCCUGGCAUAGUUCGAGUAAAUCUCGCGGAAAAAGUAAUCAACUGUAAGUAAACUAUAGCUGAUUAGAUGUAAUCAGGCGAGAGAGAGAGAGAGAGAGAGUUCUACUAACGGACAAAAACGUAACUAACGUAAUUUUAGCGUUAUCGUGAUCGCAUUUUUAUUCAGCUAGUUUGCAUCGCACGUUCAACGUGUGCGUCCGCCCGCUUGCGUUGCGUUAAAUUCGCAAAAAAACGCUAAAAAUCAACAACAAAUUUUUCCUGUACGCAAAAAAAAACGCACGGUGAAGUACUUUGAUGAACUGCGAAUUUCGUUGGGAGUCUUGGCCGCUUGUAACAUACAAUGCGAGGUGGAUCAGUGGUCGCGAUACUUGAGUUUUUUUUCUCAAAAAAAGUUCUAAAUCAAGUCGUCCUAUAAUCUAUCUUUCCUGUCGCGGAUAUUCGCAUCGAUUUUUUAAAGCCAAUUAACUUUAAAUUAUUAUUAUCAUUCUUUGGAGAAUUUUUAAGCGACGCGUUUUCAAAGCUUUUUCCUUUUUUUUUUGUUUUUUCUUCCACGGUAUCUUUCACUUUCGAGAAUCGAGACCUGAGAUCAUCAUCACUUGACUUUUUUUAGCCGCGCGAGAUGGAAGAUACGCGUCGAAAUGAACAUAGAUUAAUGAACGAUUUUAAUAGUAAAGUAAUCAUAAUGACAACCCAAAAGUAUUUGGCUUAGUAUGGCUGUGUUUAGGGCAGUGUUGUAAAUUUGAAAGUGGUGUACCUUUUGUGGUAGUAAAUUCUUUAAGUGCGGACGUUCGAAUGCUCUGCGUACCAGGUGCCAAGUAUCACAUUAGAAUAAAAAAAAAUGCACUGAAUAUUAUCCCCCUGUUCUAUUUCGAAAACUAUUUGAAAGCUCGCAGCAUCGCAAUCUCGACAUUUUAUUAUCAAGUUUUUAAAUAUCUGAUACUUUCCACGAAGAAAGAAGUCAGAAAAAGUCGAUUGAGCUCUUCUGGCUUGUUUCUUUUGCCCUGGUAUGCGAGGCAUUCUUUAGCAAUUUACUAUAAAUGUACGAAGAGGUGAAUGAUACAACGCUAUAUUAUAUAUAUAUAAAUAUAUAUUAUACAAUUUGUUUUUUAUAUUAUCGAAUACAUUGAAUAUAAAGUAGAUUUUGAUCUACAAUAUGAAGUAACUCUAUGAAUUAAUUAUUAAUUAUUCGAUAGGCGAUACUAUACAAAGCUAUGAAGUAUAAUAAUGAUUAUUACAAUUAUUACUGAAAUACCGAAUCUAGAGUUCCUCUACUUUUUUUAAAAAUUGUUUUAUUAUGAAUUUUCGUAAAUAGUGAUUUAAUGAAUUACCUAUUUAAAGAAGACGUGUGAAACGUAAAAGCGACUAAUUAUCCCCCCACGAAUCCACCUCGCUCCUGAGAACAUCUUUCGAAUCUCACCUCCAUCUCCCUUUCCCUUUUGUAAUAUAUGAAACGCGUAUUAUGCCCAAUGCAUCGGUUACGGCGAUUGUACAUUGAACGAGUAGUGUGCUUCUCUAUUUAUUAUUUUUUAUUAUCCCUCGAGUUCUCGUCGUUCUCACGAAACAAGGACAUCAUGUUCUGCAUGUCUCGAUUGUCUUCUUCAAUCAAGAAUUGUUCGAUCAUCACAAGCCUAGAGGUCUGAAAGCCUGGGUGAUUUCCAAUUUUCAUUAAACCCAAGACAGGUGUCCCAAAAAAAUUCUUCCUGCCUCCUCGACACUUGUUUCUUACUGGCGACCGAGGACAUGGCUCUUGCGUUUAUUUCAAAGCGAACUCUCCAGUCUCAAUUUGACUAGGCAAUUUUUAAGACAGACCAAUAUUUUACAUGAUCCAAGUACUAUGUGCUGCGACUGGUAAAGCUCUUGGGCGAUAUUUAUUAGCGAUAGUACUUCUUUCAUGAAUUGAGGUUGAGAGAGCUCGCUCUGGAAUAAUUCGUAGUAUUUCAAAAAACGACCAGAGAGAUUUUGCAGGGAAAAUCUGUGGAGGCUUUUGGAAGUAAUGAGUAGUGAAACUGUCGGGACACGUUAAACAGUCAAUGGAAUUGCUUUUAAAUUUUCUGUACGUCGAUAUCAACUGUUAUCUUCGUAAUGCAUUUCAGUUGUGUGAGUGUUUUUUUUUUCUUCUUCUCUCAAUUGGAAAAAGUAUCGGUGUUGUCGUUCAAUUGAUACGUAUGAGAGAUUACAGGAUCUUAACUGGAUGAAAAGACAAAAGUAGCAAGCAAAGCACUCUAGGAGAGAUUGUUGGAAUGUGUGUUUUUUUUUUUUGUUUUUUUUU